GCAUUGGUACUGCAUCUAUAUGGCUAUAAAUGGAGAUAAAUGUAGAGCUAAUCUUCAAAAUAAUACAAUUUUAUGUGCUUUUAAAUGUUAAUCAAAAUUUUAUUUACCAGUACUUAAAAUUGCGUUCAUUAAUACCAACAUUUAGCGCUAUAGGUUUAUUGCAGUAGUAAUUUAUAAUGUUACAGACAAUCCACCCAUUAGACAAACAUAAUUUCAAAAAUCUAAUAUUUGUCACGCGUAUAAAACGACCCUACCCCCUAGUUUUUCGAUCGUAAUUUACUAUUUUAAACCUCGUCUUAUACGCGAGUAUAUGCGGUAGGGACCCCACCCAGGUUGCAGAACGCAAAUUUUCACAAUACUAUAGGAUAGGGGCACUUUAACCCGCCACUCGAUAUAAAUUGAUAUCUGUCCUACAGGAGAUGUCAGACACAUUAUGCUGGUAUGUAUCAACAUCGCCUUUUGGCUAAGGGUCCUACAUCAAGGACCCUAUGCGUAGGUGCUUCUUCGGGUGUCGAGGGCCCUGUAGACCGCCGCAUGAGAGAGCAUAGGCAUUACGCCACUGGUUUGAUUCUUUGCUUAGCUAUCGCUAUCAAAAGAUGGCUAAGCUCAUGUUUUUCAAUUAAUUGCAGACAAGAGUGUGACGUCGUAGAAAGAGAAGAUGACGAAGAUGCCAUGGGUUUCGGAAGUGGAGAUAACUUUGCACACGUCACUCAAGUUUUGAAAGUAACACGUACUGACAGUUCUCAGAAUCCACCACUUGCUUUCGAUUCCAGUUGGCGGCUUAGCAAAAUACAGAUUAUUCUCAUCAUUACCGCUGUCUGUCUUUGUUUCCUGGUUAUUUGCAUGUUAUUGGUCUUUGCAAUUCGAUUUGCGAUGAAUGAAAGAAAAAUGGCAUCACCAAUAAAAGGGCAGUGUCCUACAUCGGUUUUCUACACGUCCGGUAAAAUGGUCACUAUGAAUCAAAGUCAUAUGUUGAACCAGCCGUCUCUGGACUUUUCAAGUACAUGGUGCUAGCUAUUUCACCGACAACGUUACAAGAGAUAGCGAUAAAAGACAUAUUUAAGGAAUUGUAUAUUAUUAGAAAACACGGACUUCAAAGACAAAACCUGUAUAUAUACACUU